AUGGAGGCGGCGGCGGCGGCGGUAGUCGCGAGCAGCUCGCUGUGCUUCGGAGCUUUCUGGCAGCGCAUCUCCGGCCCGCAAGAAGAGCGGCUGCUGAAGCAGAUGAGCUGCGCGCUGGUGGGCUUCAUAAGUUUGGCAGCGUUGUUCAUCCUCCACCGGACCGGGGCACCAUACGGCCGCUACGCUUCAGCCUCUUACGGCUACCCUGUUCCUGCCACCCUGGCCUGGAUGGUGCAAGAAGCGCCUUCCUUUCUGUUCCCUGCAAUGCUCGCACUGUGCAGCGACGGCGCCCGUCUCAGCUUCUGGCCCAACCGAUUUCUGCUGGGACUCUUCCUCAUCCACUACUUCUACAGAUCAUUCAUCUUUUCUGUCUUAAUUCGUGAAGGAAAAUCAGUACCAUUUUUUAUAGUUAUGUCAGCAUUUAUAUUCUGUUCAUAUAAUGGAUAUUUGCAAGGCCGGAGUUUAACUAAUUAUGCAGAAUAUUCAUCCAACUGGCUGACAGAACCAUGUUUCAUUCUUGGGAUUGCAGCCUGGCUAGGUGGUUUCCUGAUUAACAUACACUCUGAUAAUAUUUUGAGAAACCUAAGAAAACCAGGAGAGACUGGAUAUAAAAUUCCAAGAGGAGGAAUGUUUGAAUAUGUAAGUGGAGCUAACUUCUUUGGGGAGAUUGUUGAGUGGUGUGGAUUUGCUCUUGCAUGCAGCACACUAGAAAGUACAGCUUUUGCCAUUAGUACAUUGCUGAUAUUAGGAAGCCGAGCAUAUACACAUCACCAAUGGUAUCUCAACAAGUUUGAAGAUUAUCCACGUUCCAGAAAAAUUCUAAUUCCAUUUGUUUUCUGAGUUCUCUAUCAGAUUCUGUACUUUGAUUCUGUAUAAUGCAUUAAAAUUGCGGGUGGGUGGUGGUUAGAUAAAACAGGCUUUUUAUAGAUAAUUCUAGGGAAAUUCUUCACAAUACUAACAUGGUAUUGAGUGAUGUAACAAUUUAAUUCUUCUUUUUUAAUAUUAAAAUCUAAAAUCAGCAGAAAACUCUGCUGCUGAUUAUUAGUAGUUAGUAGUUAUUAGAUUAUUAGUAGUUUGAAUUUUGAUAAGGAGAGACAAUUCAUGUUGUUUAAACAUGAAUUGGAAAGCCAUAUCUGAUAUCAGAACAUAGAUUUGAAAAUGGAAUGUUCAUUGGAGUGGAUAUUUAUAUUAAAUCUAGAUAAAAAAUAAUAAAGUUUUGCAAAUAUUCCAGGUUAAUAAUGAAUGUGUACAGUACUAUGCUUCUUGAGUUUGGUAACUUGCCCGGAAAAUCCAGGAACACAAUCCAGUUUUUACUUUUAGCAAUGUAUAAGCAAAAGACAGCUCAAUAUUAUCAGCAAUGGUCUGUACAAUAUAUAUAUAUUUGCAUUUAGCAAAAAACAAAACUAGUAAGUAUUCACUCUGAGUGAAUCAAUAUGGCUAAUCAUCCUUACUAUUCCAUUGGCACAAUGCCACCAAACCAAGUAUCACAAAAGGUACCAGUUUGGUUCAGAGAUGAUAUCAUGUUGAUGUUUCAGGUCAAGUUUUUAGAAUCAGGUAAUGCUGCAGUUAUAGUGGUGAAGAUGUUAGAGCAGCCUUUCUAUAAAUGCUUAUAGUAUAAGCAUCGGGCAAACUGUUUGAUAAUAGCUGAAUCUGAUAAUAGCUCUUGUCUAGCCAAGACAAUAUAUUCUACAUUGAUUAUUGUAUGUUUAUCACCAGUGUCUCAAAGGUGCUUUUUCCAAAAGGCCCCUGGACUUUCUUGGAAUUCAAGGAAAUACCCAGGAAAUAGAAGAAAGCUAUCAACUAGACUGCAUAAACACUUCCUGGCUAUCAAAAGACAUGACCCACUAUCCCUCAUGUCCAUCCAUGAAGAAUCAGAAGGACACAAAUUUGAUCUAAUCGGGACCACAGUUGUAACCCAGGCAAAAUCAAGGAGAG